GUUAAUAUUACAUACCCAUUUCGAAUUAAAGUCGGAUGUUACAUGAAUGAGUGGUUCAGAGUAAACUGCAAAGAAACCGGUGAUGGUCAAAUGCAGAAAACUGGAGCGCAAAAACCAAGAACUUUCUUGGAGCCUCUGAAUAUACGCCGGCCUUUAUCUAAUUGACUUAAGCUGCCACCAAAAUCUUCAUCAAUUUCCCUCAUAGAAAGAAAUUAACAAUCGAGGGUGGGAGAAAUUAAGAGAAAAUGGGCAUUUACUUCAUCCUGCUACUAUGGCUUAUUCAAGCAGCAACAUCGCAAGAAACAAACGAGUUUGUUUGUAAUGAAACAUGUGGGGAUGUUGUUAUUCCAUCCCCAUUUGGAAUAACAACUGGUUGCUAUAAAAAUUCGUGGUUUAGAGUAACUUGCAACAAAACCGCUAAUGGGCUAAAGCCUUUCAUCAGUCGCAUCAAUCUGGAGCUUCUCGAUUCCUUUUGGUCAGAUGGCGCUGUCGCCGUCAACAAUCCGGUAACUUAUCUCAAUUGCGGCAAUAAAGGAACCAAUGGCACCACUCGUCGUGCUAUUGUCAACCUAGAAGGCAGUCCAUUUUUCUUCUCAAGUAGAUUCAACAUAUUCGGGUCAGUAGGUUGCGGGAAUUUGGCCAUUGUUUCUCGCGAAAUUCAAACUGAUCCCCUCGCUAGCUGCGUACAACAACGAUGUGACCACCUAGCUUCUAAAUUUGGUGGCUGCUAUGCCGUAAUUUCUGAAAAUCUCACUUCCUACACUGCAACCAUGACAGAGAUCAUUAAUCCUGGGAAGCAAGAAUACAGCAAGAGAUGCGCAUCUGCUUUCAUAUUUGACUUAAGCAAGUUAAACUCAUCGGGUCCAGAUCUCCAAUUCCCCGACAGCAUAAGCAUUGAUACGACGCAUGUUCCUGCAACGCUGGAAUGGAACUCCGUCAAUUGCGAUUUGGGAGCGGCACUUUGCCAACAACCAGAACAAGUUGGCCCAGUACCUGUACCUCCCAAGCAUGUCUGUACUGAAAGAUGUGGGAAGGUUAACAUUACAUACCCAUUUGGAAUUAAAGUCGGGUGUUACAUGAAUGAGUGGUUCAGAAUAAGUUGCAAAGAAACCGAUGAUGGGCCAAAGCCUUUCAUACGUAGCAUCAACAUGCAACUACUCAGUGUUUCAUUUUCCCUAGGCAGAGUUAUCGUUAACAAUUCAGUAACUUAUUUCAAUUGCCGCAAUAAAAGUGAAGAUAAUAAUGGGGUCAGUGUCAACUUAACAGGCAGCCCCUUUUUCUUCUCAGAUAUCUUCAACAGAUUCGUGUCUGUAGGUUGCGGUAGUGUGGCUACUAUUCUUCGUAAUCUAACUGAUUAUCCUGUUGCUGGCUGCCUGCAACCUCAUUGUAGCAAUAUUGUGACCUCCAAUGGUAGCUGCCUUGCGAAAAUUCCUCCGGGUCUCAGUUCCUUUGCUGUAAACAUGACAGAGAUUUAUCCGAGUAAUGGCAGCAAGAAAUCAUGUGGAUCUGCUUUCGUGGUGGACGUAAGUUUGUUGGACAACGUUCCCGGGACACCGGAAUUUGGACUCAUUCCUACAACACUGCACUGGGACUGGGGUUCACCAAAAGAUGGACACGUUCCUACAGCACUGCAAUGGGGCAGGCCAAUAGCUGGGCAGUGUGAGCUGAAAGAUGGUUUAGAGACCUUUUGUAGCUCCAGUGGUCAAUAUUGUUGGGCAAGAUUGAGCGUCAGCCAUCUAUGUGUUUGCAGCGCGGAUGUGAAUUCUGACAACGAUUAUCAUGAUAGUGAUGUAUGCCAAGAAAUAGGCAAAUGUGGGCUUCUUAAAUAUAGGUACUGCGAUAUGCUUUGUUUAAAUGCUCCGGACGAUUACUGCUCGUCGCCGUGCCCUUAUUCAUAUCAAUACUCAAGUGCGGACGAUUCGUGCAAUCGCGUAGAUUCAACUCCUAGUUCACCAAAAAAUUUUAAUGGUUUACCAGCGUUCUCGAUGGAGGAACCUACAAAGUCUCGGAAUUUGCCGAUCAUUAUAGGUUGCAGCACUAGUAUUGGGACAGUAUUUGUGCUACUUGGUACAUGGUAUCUGUACAAAGUACUAAAAAGGAGAAAAACCAUCAAGAUGAAGCAAAAAUAUUUUAGAAGGAAUGGAGGUUUACUACUGCAACAACAAUUGUCCAGCAAUGAAGGUAAUGUUGAAAAAAUAAGGUUGUUUACAUCAAAGGAGUUGGAAAAGGCGACAGAUUACUACAGCGAGAAUCGAAUCCUCGGUCAAGGCGGCCAAGGAACUGUUUAUAAGGGAAAUGUAACGGAUGGAAGCAUUGUGGCAAUCAAGAAGUCUAAAAUGGUGGAAGAGAAGAAAGUUGAUGAAAAGCAGCUUGAACAGUUCAUCAAUGAGGUGAUACUUUUAUCACAGAUUAACCAUAGAAAUGUGGUUAAGCUUUUAGGAUGUUGCCUGGAGACAAAGGUUCCUUUACUAGUGUAUGAGUUCAUCCCCAAUGGAACACUCUCUCAACUCAUACAUGACCAAAAUGAAGAAUUCCCAUUGACAUGGGAAAUGCGUUUACGAAUUGCAAUUGAAAUCGCCGAUGCUUUAUCCUAUUUGCAUUCAGCUGCUUCUGUCCCUAUUUAUCAUCGAGACAUCAAAUCUGGCAACAUACUGUUGGAUGGUAAAUACAGAGCAAAAGUGUCAGAUUUUGGAAUUUCAAGAUCAAUUGCACUCGAGCAAACUCAUCUAACCACUCAAGUGCAAGGAACAUUCGGAUACUUGGAUCCAGAGUAUUUUCGGUCGAAUCAAUUUACAGAGAAGAGUGAUGUUUAUAGUUUUGGGGUUGUUCUUGUUGAACUUCUGACCGGACAAAAACCCAUCUCCUCGAUACAAUCAGAGGAAGUGAGAAGCUUGGUAAACUUUUUUCUGCUUACAAUGAAGGAGAAUUCCCUAUUUGACAUUCUUGAUCCAAUGGUAAGGAAUAAUGGUACAGAAGAAGAGAUUAUAGCAGUUGCAAAGCUAGCGAAAAGAAGCUUGAAUCUUAAUGGAAAGAAAAGGCCCACGAUGAAACAAAUUGCAAAGGAGCUGGAGAGGAUUAGAGCAUCAGAAGAAGCUAAUGCUAUUGAACAAAGUGUGGAUGAAUAUUCUGAUACAGAUGACAUGAUCGAACCUUCCGCUAUUACUUCUUGUUCAACGUCUAGGUCAAUCAUAAACGAUAGUGUAACUCUGCCAAUGGAUACAUACUCCUAGUUGGUUUCCAACAGUACUUGUUAAACUUUCUUCCUUUGGUGUCUUUUCUUUGUAAUAUAUUUGCCUGUGUGGUUUAGCUCAUCCUUGUUUUAAUUUCAAACUCUUUCUUACUUCAUUUUUUCUUCCUCUCUUUACUUUCUGCUCACCCCUUAUGGAAGGUUUCAAAUGCAUGUCUAAGACCAUCUCCUUUUCGAAUGUCAUGAUUGAUUAGAAUAAUCUUUUGACGAUGAUUAAACAUAAAUAUGAAAA